GAAAACAUCUUCGGUGUCAUCAAGUGCAUCUUAGUAAUAGCAAUAAUAAUAAAUUCAUUUUUUUUUUUUUUUUUUUUUUUAAAUGGCACCAAAAUUUAGUAUUAUUAUUUUUGUAAUUGCCUCAAUUAGUUUUAAAACUGUUAUUGCGACAUUUGGUAAUGAACAUGUACACAUAAGAAUACAUCUACCAGAAAAACAUGAUGAUAGUCACGGUGGUCAUGUUGAUCAUGGACCACCAGCUGGAGGUGAUCAUAUUGAAAUAACUAGUCCAGGAUUUGGUAGCGGUGGUGGUCACGGUGGUGGCAAUGGAGGAGGAUAUGGUGGUGGUCACGGUGGUGGUCACGGUGGCGGCAAUGGAGGAGGAUAUGGUGGUGGUCACGGUGGCGGCAAUGGAGGAGGAUAUGGUGGUGGUCACGGUGGUGGUCACGGUGGCGGCAUUGGAGGAGGAUAUGGUGGUGGUCAAGGUGGUGGCCAUGGAGGAGGAUAUGGUAGUGAUCAUGGUGGUGGCAAUGGAGGAGGAUAUGGUGGUGGUCAUGGUGGUGGUCAUGAUGGUGGCAAUGGAGGAGGGUAUGGUGGUGGUCAUAGUGGUGAUUAUGGCGGUGGUAACGGAGGAGGGUAUGGAAGUGGGUUUGGGGGAGGACAUGACUUUGGAGGAUCAGGAAGCGACUCAUUUGGAGGUCAUGGAAGUUUUGGAAGUAAUUACAGCCCACCAUCACAGAGUUACGGUCCACCUUCUCAAAGCUAUGGAUCACCUCCUUCUCAAAGUUAUGGGUCACCUCCAUCACAAAGUUAUGGAACACCUUCUCAAAGUUAUGGAUCACCUCCAUCUCAAAGUUAUGGAUCACCUCCAUCUCAAAGUUAUGGAACACCUUCUCAAAGUUAUGGAUCACCUCCAUCUACCAGUUAUGGAGUACCUUCUUUAGGAUUUGGUAGCAGUGGCCACGGAAGUUCAGGAGGUAAUGGAGGUCAUGGAGGAUUUUCAGCAAGUUUUGGAGGAGGUUCUUCAAGUUAUUCCGGAGGUAAUGGUGGUUUCGGUGAUUACUCCUCCGGUGGUCACGGGGGUCACGGUGGUCACGGAGGUCACGGAGGUCACGGAGGUCACGGAGGUCACGGAGGUCACGGAGGUGAUUCUUACUCAUCAAAUAGCCACAGCGGUUCUGCUUCUUCUUCAUUCAGUGGUUCUGACUCUUAUUCUUCAAGUGGUGGUUUUUCAGGAUAUCACAAAAAGUAAAAGUCGUAUCGUUGAAUUCUUGAAGCUAUACAAAAAUAAAAGAGAGUCUCAUUACGUGCGUCCAUACAUACAUACAUACAUAAUACGAUGAAUCACUUAACUUGCUAUUGUAAUAUCUUCCUUCCUUUCUUAUUUUCUCUACAGUAUCGAUAUCAAAACCUGAUAUUCAACAAUAAUAAUUAAACAAUAUCGACAACGACUAUUACCAACACCACUUUUCUUCUUGUAUCGGUCUCGACGCAUUGUCAUUAAUACACACUCCUUAUUUUAAGUCAUCAUAUUUUAAUUAAAAUUCUUCCGGUUUUUUAUUUUAUUGUUAUUUAAUUUUACACAGAUGUUAAUGUUUGUUAUCUUAUUAGUAUUAAUUAUAUGUAAAAUAUUUUUUUACCAUUGUACAUAUUUUUUUAGCAAUAA